AUGACUCCGGUACUCACAGCCAGACAGGCAGGGGAGCUGCACAAAUCUUUGAUUGCAUACUUAUCAUCGAUCAACAUCAAAAGUACAACAAUUUUACAAGAUGAGCUCUGCGUUGAUGAGAAGUUUGACGACAUUACCCGAAAGAAGUACGAAGGCAUUCUAGAGCGGAAAUGGACAUCCGUGAUGCGCCUGCAAAGGCGGAUACUUGACUUAGAGUCCAAAGUCACGGAUCUAGAGACAAAGCUCCAAUCAGUGACAACCAUCCGCCCGCAGCAGGAUCCCACCAACUGGCUACCAGAUGCCGAAGCAAGACACAAACUCCAGUCUCACCGCGAUCAAGUGACAAGCGUAGCUUUCCACCCGACGCAUUCAUCCCUAGCCUCAUCAUCAGAAGACUGCAGCAUCAAAAUCUGGGACUGGGAGCACGGACAGCUUGAGCGGACCCUCAAAGGCCACAGACUACCCGUUUUAGGGCUCGACUAUGGCGGCCCCAAAGAGCAGACCCGACUCGCAUCCUGCUCGAGUGAUCUGACGGUCAAGAUCUGGGAUCCCAGCAGCAAGUAUGCUAACGUACGCACGUUAUGCGGUCACGACCACUCAGUUCAUGCGGUGCGGUUCUUGCCCAAUGGAAACUUGGUGUCUUCCGGACGGGAUGGAUCGAUUCGGGUCUGGGAUGUUAUGACUGGGUAUUGUCUUCGCACUAUAGAUUCGCAAGCGGGUUGGAUUAGAGAUAUUUCGCCGUCUGCGGAUGGGAACUAUGUUGUGUCUGCGGGAGAUGAUCAGGUUGCUACGAUAUGGAAUGUUUUAUCUGGGGAGGUGAAUGCAAGGAUGAUCGGGCAUGGGGGUGUUAUUGAGUGCUGUGCGGUUGCACCGGCGACAAGUCAUGUGUAUAUUGCUUGUUUGGGGUCGAUGAAGUUAUCUGGCAGGGAAAUGUUUGUUGCGACUGGGUCGAGAGACAGCAAUAUCAAGUUAUGGAAUGAAAGGGGGAGGUUGAUCAAGACUCUGGAAGGCCAUGAUACUUGGGUUAGGGGUCUGGCUUUUCAUCCUCAAGGGAAGUUCUUGGUUAGUGUUGGCGAUGAUCGGACCAUUCGGUGCUGGGAUUUAUCGAACGAGGCGCGUUUGGCGAAGACGAUUGUCGGGUCAUCCAAGUUUUUGAGUUCGGUUCGAUGGGGACCCAGCAUGCAUUCUGACCAGGGGACUUCACAUGUGGUUGCUAUUGGAAGUGCAGACAACAGUGUCAGAAUUUGGAUGUAA